AUGAACAAGGCAGUCAUUCCGAGGGAUAGGGUUGCACAGCCACUGCCCUGUGACCAGCGGCAGGGCCUGCUAAACGUAGUGUUUGAAAGUCCGGUUCGGUCCGGUUUUUUGAUGCCCAGGGGCGUUAACCGUAACCGUAACCGGUCUGCCUUUUCCCCAGAAGUCAAAAGACCAGACCAGACCGCAAAAAGACUGCAGACCGUGGUCUUUUGCGGUCUAUAG